CCAUCACUCUGCAUCCUGAUCCGUUGAUUGGGAGCGCCUUGUGGUUGCGGCGGUGCUUCCCUCCAGCCGUGCGAUGGACAAUGUGUCCAGUCGCAACUCGGUGGUGGCGACGCGCACGGCGCGCAUCAUGAUGGAGGGCGUCGGGGCGCGCGUGAUGCGCGGCCCCGACUGGAAGUGGUGCAAACAGGACGGCGGCGAAGGCCACGUGGGCACCGUACGCAACUUCGAGUCGUCCGAGGAGGUGGUGGUGGUCUGGGACAACGGGACGGCGGCCAACUACCGCUGCGCUGGCGCCUACGACCUGCGGGUGAUCGACAGCGCGCCCACGGGCAUCAAGCACGAGGGCACCAUCUGUGACACGUGCCGCCAGCAGCCCAUCUUCGGCAUCCGCUGGAAGUGCGCCGACUGCUCCAACUACGACCUCUGUUCUGUUUGCUACCACGGCGACAAACACCACCUGCGCCACCGCUUCUACCGCAUCACAGCCCCCGGCUCUGAGAGGGUGCUGGUGGAGCCGCGUCGCAAGAGUAAGAAGACCUCUGUGCGCGGCAUCUUCCCCGGCGGCCGCGUGGUGCGCGGCGUCGACUGGCAGUGGGAGGACCAGGACGGCGGCAACGGAAGGAGGGGCAAGGUGACGGAAAUCCAGGACUGGUCAGCGGCCAGCCCCCGGUCUGCCGCCUACGUCAUCUGGGACAACGGCCAGAAGAACCUGUACCGGGUCGGCUUCGAGGGAAUGGCGGACCUGAAGGUAGUCAACGACGCCAAGGGUGGCACCGUGUACCGGGACCACCUGCCGCUGCUGGGGGAGCAGGGGCCGGGCCGCAGCGCCGGCCACGGCUGGAGCAUCGGCGACCAGGUGAACGUGGACCUGGACCUGGACAUCGUGCAGUCGCUGCAGUACGGCCACGGCGGCUGGACGGACGGCAUGUUCGAGUGCCUCGGCACGGCCGGCACCGUCGUCGGCAUCGACGAGGACCACGACAUCGUCGUCUCCUACCCGAGCGGUAACAGGUGGACGUUCAACCCGUGCGCGCUGAACAAGGUGUCGAGCGCCAGCGGCUCGGCGGGGGACGCCGGCACCAGCCAGUUCGCCGUCGGUGACCUGGUGCAGAUCCACAGUGACCUGGAGCGGAUCAAGGUGCUGCAGCGGGGCCACGGCGAGUGGGCCGAGGCCAUGCUGCCGACUCUGGGGAACAUCGGGCGCGUGCAGCAGAUCUACCACGACAACGACCUGAAGGUGGAGGUGUGCGGCACCUCGUGGACGUACAACCCGCUGGCCGUCACCAAAGUGGCGUCCGAGGGCUCGGUGGCCGCCUCUUCCAGCGGCGGUACGUACCGCCACGCGGACCGUUGGGGAAAGGGUUGGCAACAGGGCAUGAUGAUUAUAUGAUAUGAUUAUUCACCGCAUGAUGAAGCAUCCAUUCGUAGAGAAUAGGGCACAACAUUCAUGCCCUUUGUAAUAUAUGCCUACUUAGCUUAAAAAGGGAAGGGGCAUUCUCGCCCCGUAUAAAAGUUUGCGAUGG